AUGCCUGCAAGGCCUUCGUGUUGCUGUCCGCAACACGCUGUAUGGGGACACGUGGACGAUAGCUCAAAUCUCAGAGUGGCGACCACCAAGGAAAUGCGUUUUUGCGGUGUAAAUGUGGAUGGCCGACACAACGAUAGAAGAAGAAAGAUUUGUUUAUCCUGCAGAGACCGCAUAAACCUUGAAGAUACGUGCGAACAGCUUCAGGUAGGAAUAAUAAAGCUAGUAAAUUUUACACAAUGUCCAUGAGUGAAAAUUUAAAAUGUGAUUUCACAAUACUUGAUUUUUUUUAUUUCUCUAAGAUCUUUUUUUUUUAAUUUAUGGUUUUUUAGAGAAAAGUAGAAACUAUGGCUGAGGACAACCAGAGUUCCGAAAGUAUCUCGUCAUGCCACUUGGCAGAAAUUUCGAUGUGUGAUGGCGAGACACAAACAGAUAGAGCAGUGUUCUGCAGUCAAGGUAUCCAGGUUGGGGAGUUCCCAAACAGGCCGUAUCAAUCAUAUGAAACAAGAAAAAAGAGUGAGAUCCGGACUGAACUUGUUGAUAAAAUCGGCGAUUUGUUGAAUCAGUAUGUACAUGGAGAUAAACAGGAAUUGCCCAACCUUGUUCAGGAUCUUCUCCUUUCUAAGAAAUGGUCAACAACAUUUGGUUUACCAACUGCUGAGAACAAAGUGGAUGUGACUGUCUAUGAUAAGGUAUUGCAUUCCAUUCUCAAGGAGUACAAAGCCUGCAAAAAUAGAGAAGAGAACAGUGCCAUACGGAAACAAGGCAAAAAGCUUGCCCAAGCCAUAAAUAUUUCAGACACAUUGUCAAAGAGUACCAUUGCACUUCAAGGAAGCACUCCUGAUUGUUUUAAAUCAAGGAUGGAUGCAGCUCGUAGUUUGGGGAGGGUUGUCACCUAUUCUGCUGAGAGAAGGAGGCUUUUAUCAAUUGUUGCAAGUGACUAUCCUCGGACCCUCUUGACUGCAUUAUUCCAAUGUUCCAAGAGUACAGUCGCUGCAGCAAGAGUUCAUGCUAUUCUGUUUGGACGAGGAGGAGUGCCUCCUGCAUCUGUAAAAUUUUCACGUCGGUGUGUCUCCCAAGAGGUUCUUGAUCAGUUGGCGGAAUUUCUCCUAAGGGAUGAUGUGUCUCGGCCGUCUUCUUGUCGAAGUGUGGUAGUUGAAGGUGAGCAGUGCCCUGUAAGAUACUGGCAGGAUUCCAUCAAAGAAGUUGUAAAGCAGUAUCUGCUCGAAUUUCCUAAUGGUGUGAAGAGGAGCUAUAUCUACGCACACAUUCCCAAAAAUUUCAGAAGUAACACUCUGCUUGCAGGCCUCUGCAAUCUUUGUGAGGACUUUGGAUUUUCUAAUUUUGACAAGUUAAGAGAUUUAGUCCAGAAGAUAGCAGCCAACUGCCCAAGCGAGAACUUGAGCAGCAUUAAGAACAAGAUUACGGAUCUGCAACGCUACUUGAAGACAAAAUUCUCUCAUCAGGUAUUUUUCUAUUUUUUUUUUCAACCUAAAAUUUCUGAAACUGGUAAUGUUCCAUUGUCAAAUGUAUUGCUCGUAAGUUUUUGUUCACCAUUCACACACUGGCUGAACAUUAUAAAUUUUAGGUUGGGAGUUGGGGUGUUACAAGGACAAUUUCAUGCAAGUUUAAAUGCAAAAUUAGCAACAACUAAUUGGGUACUACACCUGCCAAAAAGUCCUGUUGAUGGCCUUCUUAUUUAGUGAAAUUUCGGUUACAAACAGAUCAAGAAAAUAUAUGAAUUAAAUGCUUUUACAAUAAAAGCAUGCGAAAAUGCUGUCGAACUCUGCUUCUUGGAGUACAAAUAUCCCGCGAGACGAGUACAAAUAUCGCACAAUAUCUGUACUUGUCUUACUCCCCCGACCACAUGCACGAAAAAUUUAAAAGCAGUAAAAUUGUGGGAAGUCAAAAUUCUCGUAAAAGAAAACGUCAGAUAAUAAAUCUCUUAUUAGACAUUUUUGUGUGAACAUGUAGUGUAGUUGUAUAUUUUUACUCAUCAUUUGUGUUUUGACUUCUUUAAAAAAGCGAUACUACACACUGACCUGUCUAAUAAGAUAUAUUGCUGAUAAUUCUUAUAUUGGUUAUGAUGUUUUUUAUAUAUAAUUAGCUGGCUUUUAUCUAUUUCCUAGGUGCAGCGACACUCCAGUUGCCUUGAGCUGUGCAUGAACCAUGCAUUCGAGUCUUGCAACCUGGACCAUCCAGAUAAUUGCAUGGAAUUGACAUCAUUGUAUGAAAUUCACGCGAGCCUGUCAGCUGCCAUCUCCUCUGCCCCAGCAGAAGACAAGCAAAGUUUUCAAGAGCAGCUCGAGGACAUCCACAGCACCUUUUGGGACUACUUGGCACACAUCCUCAGGACCAAGCACCAGGGUGACUAUUACAGGUAAGGCAUACUCUAAUAAUUGUCUUUACCUUAUCUUAAGCACAUAUACAUACAAGCACUGCAGGGCUUGGGAACUUAAAUUUUAAUUCUCAAGAUUUCUUGUAUCAACUAAUGUGAAUGUUUCUUUUUUUUUAGUUUUCACAGAGGGCUUUUGUCCCACCUCCCAGCAUGUGUACCUAUAUGCUUGUGCAGUGUUUGAUUGAAAUUGUUUUUUUUUUUAAAUUCAUUUUCUUGGACCAUAUUUUCUAUCUUUUUUUAAUCAUGCUGCCAUCUAUCCAUCAUCUAUUUGUUGACUUAUAUAUUUGUGUCAAAUAAAACCAUAAAUUCAAACAAAGAAAGUUUGGGGGUGCCGUUUAACACAGAAUUUACUUAUAAAGAUUUGUUACUUGUUUUAAUUAAAUAUAUUUUUCAACACUUUUCUCUGGAAUAGGUUUAUUUUAAAGAAUCUUCAGCCAGGUGAAGCUGUGGUGGUAAUUGAUUACAAGAUGAAGCUGGAACUCGGCAUGCAUGCAAGGGAGGUGCAAAGAGAUUGGUAUGGAAAACGUGGCAUUUCCCUUCAUGGCUUCUAUGUCCUUGCCCAAGUUUCCCCAGAAGAAAAACAAGUUGAUGUCCUUGAUGUUUGGAGUGACGAUACCAAGCAAGAUGCAUGGUUCACACAAAGUGCCCUUGAUGUUGGUUUUGCAUGGAUGGAAAAGGCUUUUCCCAGCUUUCAUGUGUAUCUCUUUUCUGGUAAGUACUUUCUGUGAAUGAGAUUUGAUUUUUAAAACCAAUUUUGGUAUCUUGGAAUAAAGAAGUAGUUAACAAUAAUUUAUAGUUAAGGGAUAAUAACCUCUUUGAUGGGCUCUUUGGGCUAAGUUUAUACUAUCAUGAUCAAGCUUUCUCAGCUGUGAAAAGAUAAAAUGUUUUAUGUGGGAUGGGUGUCCGGUCAAAAACCCCCAAGAAUGUCAGCUAGCUAGUCAGACAAAUUUCGCAAUAGAAUUCUUCUGAUGUAUUGCUAAAAGGAGUGUGAAUUUGUUCCAUUGGUACUUUUUUAUUUACAGUUUGCCUUUAAACCUAUUAAAAACCUCAUUAAAUUUUUAUCCUUUCUUCAUAAAAAUCCUAAUUUGCUAAUUGCUGCACAGAAACUAAUAUAUUUUUUUUUUUACAAUUCAAAGACUUAUAUACAUGUACGACAUACAUUUUUUUGUAGAUAAUGGACCUCAUUAUCACAACACGGCCGUGCUGUUGUAUCUGGCACAGGUGAAUGCAGUAUUCAACAUAAAUUUGUUAGAAUACAAUAACUUUGAAGCAGGAGAAGGCAAGACAGUCCUGGAUACCCACUUUGCUCAUGUCUCACAUAAAAUAGUUCGUUGGGUGCGUGUGGGAAACGACUUAGAUUCAGGGGAGCAACUGGCAAAUCUAUUGGAGGUAAAUUGAGUAACCUUAAAAUGUACAUGUCAUUAUUAAAACUUUUUUUGUAAAACUACACAUCUCUUUGGGCUAGUAAAACAAACUGCAAUAAUUUUGUCGCAUUCAUCUGACAGUUAAUGACCCUUAUUUUUUUUGGCAUUUUUAAGAUAAUAGUUUUGGACGUUUAAAUGUUUUUUUAUUUGUUUUGUUUUGUUUAAUUUAUUCCUCUUUACCUGGUACUUUCUACUUCGAAUUGCACUGUUUGUAACAGAAUUCACAAUUAUAUAGUGUUACUUCUUUAGUUUUUUAACAAAUUUUAUCAAGGAAUGUAUUUCUGUGAAGUGUACGCAGUUUUACCUACUGUCACACACUAGAUGUAGUUUUGCAGAGAACAUUGUUUGUAACUGCUUCAGGUGACAAUAACCUUGUUCCUUUCUCCUAGACAAUGAAGAGUGUUAGAUGCAAAAAACUUGUGAUUGAUCGGUCAAAAGCACCAGGCAAAGUUGGCACUUUUAAAGACAUCUCCCUCUAUGGCAGUUUCAAGUUUCCAUCUAAUGGCCCAUAUGCUGGUGGUAUCAUUGCACAGUCUUUGGCUGGUCAAGGAAAAUGCAUCAGCAAAACCAAAGCACAAGUUCAGUCGGUCUCUGUGCAAAGCUCACGAUUGGCUGGAGGCACAGGUGCUACCGUGACAGAAGACAUGUGGCAAGCAUCAGACCAAACAGUGGAGGGAUGCCGCACACAAAGUGAGCCCUACUCCGUUAAGUUCAUUCAAUUAUCUCCAGCUACACCCGAGGAACUGGUCCUGACACCUCGUAAUGAAGCUUACGCCAACUUCAAGCCUGCAAAAGGAUACGUUCUUAAGAAAGGCGGAGCGAAAAAGACCACUUUUACACAGGAACAGAAAAAGAUCAUGAUACUGUUCUAUGAUCGCCAAAGAACAUCACAGAUAAGAGCCAAUCCAACCGAUGUUAUUGCUGCUAUGAGGUCUGCUGGUGUUCCAGAGCUAAAGGAAUCACAGAUUAAAAGCUGGUGGAGCAGCUACCACUGCAAACAAAAACAGCUGGCAGAUGAUAUGCUAGAGGAAGCUCGUCAACUUAGAGGACAACAGCAAGGUAGGGAAUGUUUUUAAAAUACAUCUUAUAUCAUAAAAUGCCAAUUAUGAGCCCCUUUGGUUUUAUUCUCCUCUUUCCAAUAAUGGAAAAAACAAAUUGUCAGCUAUAAGCCCUUCUGCAUAUAGAUGUAAUUCCUCUGUCUCUGAAGUUUGCCAUAUUGACUUACCAACAUCCUUUCAGGACAUUUGUAUGGGAAAUGAUAACUUGCAAGCUAUUAAGGUACAGUUCAAAACAUCAAAUUAGAGUGACUAACCGAAAAAAAUGCCUUGGGUCUUAAAAUCGCAUUUGUCAUCUUGUUUUGUAACAGUGUUUGUACACUCCUGAUAAGCCCCUCCAGAUAUACGCCCUUCCAUUUAUAGUUUUAAAACCUAAAACCCCUUACAAACUUUCAUAAGCCCAGGGCUCAAAUGCGGCAGUUUAUGGUACAUAAAAUAAUUAUUGAAUAUUCUGGAGAAGAAAAUAACCGAAUACUUUACUUAUUUCUGGCUUUGUUGACUUAUUUCGCAGUAGGUUGAUUGGCUCCCUUUUGGUGCUAAAGAUAACUAAAGCAUAUUUAAACAGGGUUAGAAGGGGCACAUUAAUUUUAUAGUAGAGCUCCAUAAUAGAAACCACAUUGGGCAGGAUUCCCUUUCAACUUCAGUGAUUUCCUUUCAUUUCUUUUUUCAUCUACAGUACCAGUACCCAACGUAGCAACAGUCCCUGUGUGCAACACAGCAACAGUCCCUGUGCCCAACACAGCAACAGUCCCUGUGCGCAACACAGCAACAGUCCCUGUGCCCAACACAGGAACAGUCCCUGUGCCCAACACAGCAACAGUCCCUGUGCGCAACACAGCAACAGUCCCUGUUCCCAACACAGCAACAGUCCCUGUUCCCAACACAGCAACAGUCCCUGUGCGCAACACAGCAACAGUCCCUGUGCCCAACACAGCAACAGUUCCUGUGCCCAACACAGCAACAGUCCCUGUGCCCAACACAGCAACGGUCCCUGUGCCCAACACAGCAACAGUGCCAGUGCCAGUAUCAUUUGGGGUCCUAGAAUGGAGUUUAGCGGAAUCGCAGUCAGACAUUCAAGGCAGAACGGGCAGUAAUGCUUGCGUCUUCAUUGCUUUAAACAUGGGCAAACUUUGUUUUAACAAAAAAAUACCUUGGCCAAAUGGAAACAUUCUUCCUGAACCAUGGCGAGCUGCCUUAAGAGAGGCCAUGAUCAAGGGAAAUCAGAUCCAUGAUGACCUGUUUGACCAUGAAGGUGUAAAUGUCACUGUAGACGAAGCGGUUUCAUUGGCAGGAGAGGAAUGUGGGGUGCGAGCCUUGGGACCCCAGUUGGACAUUUUUGGAUAUAGCCCUGUGAAUCAGGUGGCAAAUGUGCUU